AUGGAAAUAGCCACCACGUUGCUGGAGUAUGGGGCAGAUGCCAAUGCAAUGACCAAGCAAGGAAUUGCUCCCAUUCAUCUUGCUGCCCAAGAAGGCCAUGUGGACAUGGUGUCUUUGCUGCUCACAAGAAAUUCUAAUGUCAAUGUUAGCAACAAGGUACCAUCUAUACUCUUCAAAUUUUGUUGGUAA